AUGAAGUGCGUCACCAGCAUCACCUCCAUUCGGAAUGCUGGAAACAUGUCGCGUUACCAAAUGGUAGACUGGAUCAAUGGCAAAAGUCAGGAGAUAAACAUAACCAGGAUCGAGGAUCUAUGCACUGGUGUUGCCUACUGUCGCUUGAUGAAGACAAUCUUCCCCAAAAGCAUAAAUCUGAAGCGAGUGAAGAUGUUGCCCAUGGGGGAGAAGGAUUACGUGCACAAUCUGAGGCUCCUGCAGGCUGCUUUCAAUUAUUUGGAACUUGAUUACCCAGUGCCAAUUGAUCUACUCAUCCAGGGACGUUUCAAGCACAACUUUGAAUUUUUGCAAUUCUUUAAGAAAUUCUACGACUCGCAGACAAAGCCAGAAUUGAAGAGAAAGAUAGCUCGGGUUGUGCCCAGGAUGAAGGCGUCGAAUCAAGUUGGAACCAAGUCGUAUUUGGGAGAAAUGGCAGUCAUCGAGGAGGAAAAACCAGUGAAUCCUAAACAAAUCCAGGCAGAGUUACUCGAGAAAAUAAUUCGAGCUAGGGAUUUUGCCUACAAUAAACUGGUGAUGAUCGAACAAAUGAUAGCCAAGAUAGAUAAAGAUGAAGAGCAUUUGCAAGAGUUUUGUCGUAUCAUCAACUCUGUGCUCUCAGCACCCAGGAAUGAUCAGGAUCCGGAUGGAAAUAUAGAGAUUAACGAUGGAAAAAUUGGACUUUACAAUGGAAAUUUAGACUUUGAAGAUGGAAAUAUAGAUGCUAAAGAUGAAUAUAAAGACGAUAAGGAUGAAUAUAAUGAAUAUAUACAAGCUAUGAGUGGAUAUUUAGAUCCAGCACAUAACCCGCACUAA